GAGACAGAGAGAGAGAGAGAGACAGAGAGAGAGAAAGAGAGAGAGAGAGAGAGAGAGAUACAUAGCCCUGAAGCAGAGGAACUCCCUCCUUCGUCUUUUUCAUGAGGCGGAGGACAGACAAAAGAGUGCACCCAGCAGGCUUUCAGCACAGCUUCCCAGCAAAGCCGAAGCUCUCUCAACCGUGAUUCCAUCUCCAGCAGGAUCAAGAGUUUAGUCAGUUGGCAGUUCAUCGUUUACAGUGAGCUGUGCCGUCGAUGGGGUUAGCAAAGACGGGGAGGCACGUAUUUUUCUUGGCUGUUAGAGUCUGGAGAGGAAUUUUUAGGAGGGCAAGGGAAGCUACAGACUGACAGCUUCUAAAAGAGGACAAGGGCACAAUCUGAAGGCCGAUAGAUAAGUUACAGUCCAAGGUAACUAUGCAAGCUGCAAGAUACCAGCAGAGCAACCGCCUCCUGUUUAUAUUGGCUUUACUGGUCAUGAUGGAGGUCUGCGGGGUCCAGGGCUGUCGGAUUGGCUCAGGCUCAGAGUGUGAGAAAGCCCCUUUUGUUCCCGGCCACAACCUGGCAGGGGAGGGUUUUGAUGUGGUGCGGAUGCGUCGGACAGGGGCGUAUGUCAUCAAUGUCAAAGGUCAUCUGGUUGACAACCACACCUGCACACUGUGUCCAAACCGCUUCCAACAAGGACAGAUUCAGAGGCUCCCAGCAGCAGUGCUCGACUGGCGCCCCUUCAGCCGCUGCAGUAAGCAGCUUUCCAGUGCCCUCCAUCACUCUGUGGACUCCCUGCUGCGCAGCUCCAACUCCCUGGUUAACAACAACUGGGGCGUGGGUUUGAGUUUGGAGAACUUUGGCAAUGCGGUGCUGGGCGGAAGCCGCUCAGAGUUGGCAAAGUUUGCCCGUUCGCAGCACAGUGUGGACAAGGCCACUUUUGCCAUCCAUGAAAUCAGCUGCACCUACUACAGCUACAGGCUGGCUGACCAUCCACAGCUGAGUGCAGAGUUCACAAAGCAUCUGAAGAGACUCCCACAGAGUAUAAAUACAAGCCAGAACAGAGCCCUGUAUAGACGGCUGAUAGACACCUAUGGAACGCACUACAUACACCAGGUCCAGCUUGGUGGUAAGGUGAGGCGAAUCACUGCCUUCAGGACCUGCCUGGCCACACUCAAAGGCUUCUCCGAGUCCGAAGUCAAAACCUGUCUGAACGCUGAACUCCGAAUGGCUCUUGGUUUCCUCCCUGCCAAUGCAUCCUUCUCCAACAAGUGUGACAACCUCUUGAAGGGUAACAUGAGCAUGGGCUUCUACCAAGGCUUCAUGACCCAUAAGAUUGAGGUUAUCGGAGGGGAGAGGUACUUCCCAGACAUCCUCUACCAGGAGGACCCGUCUGAGGCGUACAACAGCUGGAUGAACAGCCUCCAUGACAACCCUGAUGUGGUUUCUUACGCCAUCUUCCCUCUGCAUCAUCUGGUUGAGGACUCACAGAUCAGUGCUAAUCUGAGAAGCACCGUCGAGGAGUAUAUUAAAGACAACCAGCUGAGGGAUGACCAGUUUGGGUCCAAGAACUGCUCCCCGACUCCCAACUUGGAUCAUAACUGCUGCCCUCUACGGGCUGGCAGAGGAACUCUCAGACUGGUGAUCCAGAGAGCUGCAGGCCUGAAGGCAGACACCUUCACGAAAACGGACGCCUACGUGAAGAUCUUCUACAACGACAUGUAUGAGGAGACAGAUACGGUGAUGGACAACAAUGACCCAGUGUGGAACGCGACUUUUGACUUUGGAUCAGUGGAGUUGGGUCAGCAGUUGAGGUUUGAAGUGUGGGAUAGGGACGUGCUCUACAAUGAUGUAGCGGGUAUAUGUGUUGUCUUCCCUGAGCGAGGAAGUCGUUCUCUCAGCUGUCAGCUGAGCAAAGGUGUCCUCUACUUCUCCUACAGCAUCAAAUGUGAUGCUCACUUGACAGGCUUCAGGUGUGGACGAUACUCCCCCAAUGCAGAGUAGGUUAUUAUGUAUAUAGUACAUUUUAGUAUUUUUUUCAUACUGAUUAAUGUUGAACUUUAAAGUGUCUGACUUGGAGUAUAAAUGUAUGUAGUAUAUAUGUGGUCCUGUGCAGAGGGAGAUUAACUAACCAAAGCCCUUGUGAUUCUAUUGUACAUAUCAAAAUAAAGUGAUUUUGAUUAUG